AUGGCACAACAAAAUGACUCCAAAGUCUCAGACCCAGACGCUCAAUCUGUUUCCGACCCAAUGACUACUCAAUCAGGUUUGGAUAGCGCGGCCAAGGAUGCCAGCGCAGAUGCAGCUUCUGGGUACGGCACUCGUUCUCGCAACAGGAACGGCUCAUCGCGUAUCAACUAUGCUGAGGAUAGGGAUAUUGAUGCCGAUGUUUAUGAUUAUUAUCAUGACAAAAAAGACGGUGACUCCAAAAAGACGUCCCGUCAGUCCAGCGCUGCUGUGAACAGCGAUGCGCCUCGUGGCGGUGCCAGCUCGCGCAAGGCUCUCGUCGACGAGUCAAAGCCAGCGCAGUCUGUAAAUACCCCCAAGGAGCAACAAUCGGGCAGCUCAAACAAUGCUUCUACCACGACACAGCCGUCGGCUGCUUCUUCUCAGCCUACACGGAAACGCAAGGUUGCAGGCACUUCAGCAGGUUCCACUAACCAAGCGACAUCAACUACCAGCAACACAACAAAAAAGCCAACGACAUCCGGAACAGCUGCCGGCAUUUCGUGGCCUGAAACUAAUAUGUUGACUUUUGAGAACUGCAAAGGACAACCUGUUGAUGGCAAGAUGACAGCCGACGAUGGCACGGUGUUGGAGCCAAAUGAUCAUGUGUACCUUGUCUGUGAGCCACCUGGGGAACCCUAUUAUUUAGGCCGCAUCAUGGAGUUUCUUCAUGUCCAGAAUGACAACAGCAGACCUGUGGAGGCAAUCCGCAUAAACUGGUACUACCGACCAAAAGAUAUUGGCCGAAAGUCCACAGACACACGUAUGGUCUUUGCGACCAUGCAUUCCGACAUCAGCCCGUUGACUGCGCUUCGCGGGAAAUGUCAGAUUCACCAUAAAGCUGAGAUUUCAAACAUGGAUGCCUAUCGCAAGACGUCCGACAGCUUUUGGUACGACAAACUGUAUGAUCGGUAUAUCCAAAAGAAUUACGAUCUAAUUCCGACGCGUUCCAUUGUCAACGUUCCAGGCAACGUGAAAAAGGUGCUCGACGAACGCUGGAAGUACGUGCUAGUUGAACAGGGGCGUGGCAAGGAGCUCACUAGCGCCGUUAAGCUCUGCAAGAGAUGCACAGGCUAUUGCGCAAGCAACGACUCAGUUGACUGUGCCGUAUGCCAAAACACAUAUCAUAUGAAUUGUGUGAACCCGCCUCUAUUGAAAAAGCCAUCCAGAGGUUUCGCAUGGUCAUGCGCUGCCUGCAGUCGUGCACAGGAGCGAAAACUCGAGGCUCGUAACACUCCUAAUGUGAAUGAUCCCACCGUGGAUGCCGACGAUGAUGAGCCAAUGGACGAAGAGGACGAGGAGAUGCAGGGGGUCGACACCAGCCGCACGAGUCCGGAAGAAGGAGACCAUGCUCCCCAUGAAGGCACUGCAGAGCAGAUAUACCAGGCGUCACUCUGGCCUUAUCGGUACCUGGGAAUGCACUGCAAGCCCGAGGACGCACUUGACUAUGAUGACAGAAUUCAUCCCCGCGCAGCUACGAGAAUUGGCCCAAGGAAUCAAGCGACAGUUUUGCCAUGGCCAGGACAACCGGUAGAGUACGUCAAGCCGCUCGAGUUCAAGAAGAAUGGCAAAAAGGACACCAAGUCAAAGGAAGCAUUGGCUGCGAUUGAAGCUGAAAAGAUCUCACGGGUAAAUCGACCAAAAUGGGUACAGGAUAUGCCUCCUGGAUACACAGUACGAGGCGAGGAUUACGACGAAGACGACCCGAAUUGCACCGCAAAACCCAUGUGGAUACCUCCCCCAGAAGACGUCAUCAAAGAGAAGGAAAUCAAUCAAUACAUGGAAAGGGCCAAGGGAAUGGCCAAAGAUCUUGGUUUGCCAGAACGCUCGACAAAUCUCCAGGAUGUUGCUGCCGAUACACUAUUUCACACUGGAUUUGACACGAAGCGUGCCCUCAAAGCUCUUCCCGAAAAGGACAAGGCGGAAUUCAAAGAGCCAGAGCUGACACCAGCAGAACAAAAGAAAUUCGAGGAAGCUGUUAUCAAAUACGGCUCUGAGCUUUAUCUCGUGCGAAAGCAUGUUAAAUCCAUGUACUACGGCAUGGUGACUCGCUACUAUUAUGCUUGGAAGAAAUCAGAACGCGGGAUGCAGGUCCUGGAGAACAUGGCUGGCCGAAAGGGAAAGAAAGAGGCGAAACGAGCAGAAGCCGCCGCUAACAAGAUGGCCGACGACGUUGCGGACAACGACGACGAUUCCGCCUUUGAUACCGAGAAGGCGAACCAGAAGAAGCGAGGAUUUGUGUGUCAAUUCUGCUCGACAACCUCAUCCAGGCAAUGGAGACGAGCCCCGAACCCUAUGUCUGGUGUUGUCAACGACGGUGGUUCUAAAAAUUCGAACAAGGACAAAGGUCAGGAGCGGGUGGUCGCAUUGUGCCGCCGAUGCGCCGAACUCUGGCGACGGUAUGCUAUUCGAUGGGAGGACAUGGAAGAAGUGGCCAAGAAGGUGGCACAGUCAGGUGGCCGAGCUUGGAAGCGCAAGCAAGAUGAAGAACUUCUCAAGGAACUGCAAGCCGCAAAGGAGAUGGGCAUGAUGACGCCAGAACGUGCGCCAACCCCCUCGGCGACGCCAGCAGCCGUUACCAGCGCACAGGAACCGCCACGGAAAAAGCUCAAGAGUGUACCCUUGGACAAAGACGCAGAAAACGGCCACUCUGAUACUGCCAGCGUGGCUGGCUCUACUACAUCUAAAAAGAAGGACAAGAGUGUGGAAAGAGCCGCAGCUCCUGAGAUGCCAAAGCCUCGAGUUCUACCUUGUGCAGUCUGUGGUGAAUUGGGACCCCAAGGAGAUCAGCACUUGUCAUGCCGAGAAUGCCGUUUGACAGUACAUCGCAACUGCUACGGCGUCAUGGAUAAUCGAAAUCCUGAAAAAUGGACAUGCGACAUGUGUUUGAACGAUAAGAACCCUCAGGUCUCGAUUCGUUACAAAUGUGUUCUAUGUCCUCACGAGUACACGGAACAUGAUUUCGUGGAACAGCCAAGACUGACACAUCACAAAAAGAAAAUGUCAGAGAAAGACCGCGAGAGAGAGCGUUUGGAGGUCCAGCAAGCUCGAAAAGCUGCCGACUUUUACCGCAAGAAGCAGGAGGACAUGAAUCGACCAGUCAACCCUCGGGAGCCACUCAAGAGAACCGCUGACAACAAUUGGGUCCAUGUUACUUGCGCUGUUUGGACCCCAGAAGUCAAAUUUGGCAACGCCAAGGCAUUGGAACCCUCAGAGGGAAUUCCUUCAAUUCCCAGAGCCCGAUACAAUGAGACCUGUAAAGUCUGCGACAAGAUUGAAGGUGCCUGUGUCUCUUGUCAUCAGUGUCGCGCCCCGCUACAUGUGGAAUGUGCACGACAACAGGGACAUAUUCUUGGGUUCGAAAUUUCACCUGUGAAAGGCUCCAAGAGAGACCAAGUCAACGUUGUAACCGUCAACGGAGAGAGUGGCACCAUGUCAGCGACCGUGUGGUGCAAGGAACAUGCUCCUACCAAGACUACUAUUCAUCACAUGCACGACGUUGUGGAUGAUUCGGGACUUAACGCUCUGCAACUCUAUGUUCAAAAUUUCAAGCAAGCCGACCUCACUUUGACAGGCACCGCUCGCAAGGCCAACCUCAUGGCGAAUGCAGCCAAACUGACCGGUACAGCGACCCAGUCUGGUCUACGAAGAUCUUCAACGACUGCUCUACCUACAAACCACCAGCGCAACGGUGAGACGGGAGACGCUGCCUCGGAUCCCAGACAACCAGGAGGGAAGGUUUGCAUUACUUGUGGUGUCGAUGUCAGCCCGAAAUGGUACCCGAUUGACAAUUCACAAGAACGCGAACUUACCAAUGGCCACUACGGCACACUUGGAAGCGAGGCACAGAAAUUUGUGGAACAAAGGCGUUUUCAGUGUCACAAGUGUCGCAAAGCCCAGCCCACUGCGAAGACGCACCCGCCACGACCAUCGCCUGCUAUGCCAGACGCUCCGCCGCCCCUGGCUCACGAAGCGGCUAUAUCAGCCACUGCGGCACCUCCUCUGCGUAGUCCGCCACAGAUGAUUGCUCAUCGUGAAGCGCAUGCUGCCGCCUAUGCCUGGCCAGCUCAUGGUCAUCCUCAAACAGGGCCCCCAGCAAUGCAAGCGCCUGCGCUUGUCGCCGAUCAUGCCCUUGGAGCUCGGCCACCAGCUCCUCACGCCUAUGCAGCUCCACCACCUCAUCGGCCGGCAUACAGCGAUUGGGGUCGACCCGCGAGUCAGCAGAGCUCGCCUCCUCCUCGACAUAUAAACGGAGGGCCCCCUCCCCCGCCUAUUCAUAAUGCACCGCCGAUGUCGAACUUGUCUUCCUUACGACCACCGCCUGUAGUCGGGCCUGUACCGCCUGCACCACCACCUGCGAGCCAUCACGGCAGCCACCCUUCGUCACCGUACGCUAAUGGAUUGCCUCUAUCUCCUCGGCAAUUAAAUGGACCAGCACCCCCAUCCCGAUACGCUCAUCCCUACCAACAUCAUGGGCGACCUGGCCCUCCAGCACACCUCACACCACCGAGCAUGGCGAAUGGAGCGCCGCCUCCUCCUCCUUCUGCGCCACCCAGAGAUGGAUAUCCUCGUGAGAUGCACCCGCAAAGAUCCCCAUACCCUGCUCCUGCUCCUCAAACGAGCCCGCCUGGCUCUCGGAACGGACCCCCACCUCCACAGAACCGUCCAGCAAGCGGAGCAAGUGCCAGCCCUUCGCUACGAAAUCUCUUAUCGUAG